GCUGCCCCUACACUGUCCUACGCCGCGUCUACACUCUCCUACAUCAGCAUUUCCGUUGUCGCUCUUUAUUGAUGUUUCAUUUCUGCUUUUCCAGGAGGAUCUAUUUCUUGACGAAUUUGGCAUUAAGUGCGAUAAGGCCGACAACAGCGACAAGUGCUACAAAACUCGCUGCACCAAGGGCUGUGCACAAUGGUAUCGAGCACUCAAGGACAUCGAACCCUGCCAGGAGGCCUGCGCCUCUACGCAGUUUUAUCCCUACGAUUUGCCCUGCAUUGGCGCCUGCGAGACGUCACAGCGGGACUAUUGGCAUCUGCAGCGCUUGGCCAUGGCCAAGCUGGUGGAGUCGACGCAGCCGCAACUGCUGGAGCCAUCGAGCGACUCGGGUGCCUUGACCGUCAAGUGGAGCAUUCAGUUUCCGGAGAACUUCUUGGCCAGUCGACCCUUCAACAUACAAUAUCAGCAAUUGGAUCAGCUGACAGAGCUGGCCUGGCGUAAUCUGGCCGACUACGACUGCGAUGAGUACUACGUGUGUGAGAUACUCGAGGCGCUAAUACCCUACUCGCGCUACAGGUUUCGCUUUGAGCUGCCUUUUGGCGAGGGCCACUCGGAUGUUCUCUACUCGCCGGCCACGCCCAUCUAUGAAACGCCCAUCGAAGGAGCACCCAUCUCGGCGCCAAGCAUUGAAUCGGUGCUGGCGCUGGACGAGCAUCACGUGGCCCUUCACUGGCGUCCCGGCCGCUACAGCAAUGCGCCGCUCGAGGGCUACAAGCUGCAGCUCAGCGGCGGCAGCAACGACAGUCGCGAGCAGCUGCUGCCCGCUCAGCGCACGAGCUGCAUCUUCGGCCAGCUGCAGCCGCUGACCAACUACUCGCUGUCGCUGAGCAUGAUCAACAAGCAGGGCCAGGGGCCGCCGGCCGUGGCUUCGAUUCAGACGAAGGCGCCGCUGGAGUCGCAGCAGCUGCUGAGCGUGCUGCUGGCCAGCCGGCGGCAAGUCGUCUGGCAAUCCUUGGAGCCGGCGGGCGAGACGCGCGUCGUCUACCGCUCCAGCGAGCAGGCGAACAUCAGCGACUUGGCCUGGUCGCAGCGCGAACAGCGACUCUGGCUACUCGACUCGCUCGGACAGCUGCACAGUCAAUUGCUGGAUGAGCCGGCGACUAGCUCGGCACGAGCUCUGCGCCUGCAGCUGCCCGGCAGCUGGACGGCGAGGAAGGUGAGCCUGGACUGGCUGCGGCAACGUCUGUACUUGGCAGCCGAGGCAGGAGACGGUGCGGAGUACGAGCUGUUCAGUUGCUCGACGGAAGGAGACGACGUGGAGAAGUUGAACGCGCAGCUGGGCGAGACGGUGCAGCAGCUGGAGGUGGAUGCACUGAAUGGCUGGCUCUUCUGGUCGGACGGCGAGUCGCUGCAUCGCCUGGACCUGAGCAGCAAGGAUGCGCUGCGAGUGGGCCCGGCCCAAACGAGGCUGGGCAACUUUGUGCUGGAGCCGCAGCGUUGGCUGCUCCACGUGCUGCUCCUGGAGGAGCAGCAGCUGCUGGAGCUGAGCUACGACGGCAGCUACAAGCAGCUGAGGCCGCUGAGGGACGAGAGCUGGCUGAGCUUCGCGCUGAGCGUCGAUCAGAAGCAGCUGCUGCUGAUCAACGACAGCAAACUGGAGAUGCAGAGCAAGACCAGCAGCUGGACGAUGCAGCGCGACGAGCAGGAGCUGCUGCAGGAGGAAAUCUUCGACAUCGUGGCCCUGGAGCGACGUCGCCAGCCGCUGGCCCUGGAGCCGGCCCAGCCGCAGCGGCUGCGCGCCAUGCUCGGCGCUCAGGCGGCCAAGAUCAGCUGGCGGCCACCGGCCCUCAACCCCUACCAGACCUUGUCCGUGGCCAACUUCAGCUACGAGCUGGAGGUGCUCGACGUGGGUAGCCAGAGCGCGUACAACAUACGGAAUAUCCGGCAGCUGAGCUUCGGCCUGGAGCGCCUGCAGCCGAACAAUCUCUACCAGCUGCGCGUGCGGGCCAUCAACCAGGCCGGCUGGGCGGGCGAGUGGACGCAGCAGAUCGCGACGCGCAGCUGGCCCCUGGGCGAGCACCGGCUGCGCUGGGCGACGCGCCAGGGCCGGCUCUACAUGACCAACGAGCUGGGCGACCAGCUGAAGGCCUUACCCGCCAAGCUCGCCCCCGCGCCCAGUCCCCUCGUCCUGGUCAACGAGAGCGUGGCCUACUACAUCAGCGAGCAGACGCUCUACUGCGUGCACCGGCUGGAGCCCCAGCUGAGCUGCGGCUCCCUGAACCGCCUGCAGCAGGUCAGCUCGGUGGCCUACGACUGGCGUGGCGGCAUGCUCUACUGGACGGACCUGGCGCGCAACAUGGUGCAGCGCAUGGACCCGCUGACGGGCGAGCGGGAGCUGCUGCCCAUCUUUGGGGCCAGGCAGCUGGCCCUGGAUGCGGAGCACGGCCAGCUGUACUACUCGAGCGAGGCGCACUUGGCCAGCCGCACGCUGAACACCCAGCAGGAGCUGGAGUUCUACCACGUCAACGGCCUCACCGGGCGCAUCCGCAACUUCUGCCUGGACCUGCAGCACCGUUAUCUCUACUGGCUGGUCGAGGGCUCCAGCUCGGGCUCCGGCUCCGACUCGAGCUCUCAGCUGCUGGUCUAUCGCAGCGCGCUGUCCAUGGACCGCAGCCUGGAGCUGCUGACGACGCUGAGCUCGAUCGACGCCCUGCCCCACACGCUGCAGCACUGGCAGCCCCUGAACGCCCUGGCCUGGAUCGCCGGCGACGGCAGCGCGGCGCACCUGCUGCGCUUGGACGAGACCUCGAGGGGCACGCAGCCGCUGCAGCCGCUCGGUCUGGGUCUAAAUGCAUCGCUGACUGCGCUGCAGCUGCUGAGCGACAAGGCGUACCCCAGCCCUGACCAGAGCGUGCGCCCGCUGCCCGUGGCCGUGGAGAGCGUGCGCAUCGAGCCCGGCGGACACUGGAACGACUUCCGGCUGCGCUGGCAGCCCACGCACACGGCCGGCAACCACAGCAUCAGCUACAAGCUCCUGCUGGAGCAGGGCGGCGAGCGGGUGCUCAGCCUGGAGCUGGCCACGUCCUUUGCGCGCAUCACGCAGCUCUCGCAGGCCAUGCUGCCGCUGAGGGUCAGCCUGACGCCGCACUCGGCCUGGCGCGCUGGACCCACCACUCGGCUGACGCUGGCGACGCCCCUGGCCGCGCCCACGCAGCCCCGCAGGCUGCGCGUCUUUGUGGAGCGGCGCGCCCAGGCGCUGCAGACGGGCGUCAACAUCAGCGCGCUGCUGCGCUGGGACGUGCCCGAGGAGGAGCAGCAGACGGCGCUGCAGUACCGCAUCAGCUGCUGGCACGGCGCCGACCUGCACGCCGAGCUGCUGCUCAACCAGACGCAGCUGGAGGCGCGCAUUGGCCAGCUGCGGCCGGACGAGACGUACCGCUUCCAGGUGCAGGCCCAGCAGUCGACAGCGGCCACAAGCCACACGCUGCACAUAGCGCCGGAGCUGCAGGCGGUGCCGCGGCUGCUCUACGCCAACGCCGAGCACAUCGGCGAGUUCGACCUGGACCUGGCCAGGCGCCAGCAGCUGGUCUACACGGCGAAUCCCGUCGAGCACCUGGUCACCAUCGAGGGCGAGCAGCGGCUGCUCUGGGUGAACGAGCACGUCGAGCUGCUCAGCCACGUGCCGGGCCAGGUGCCGGCCAAGCUGGCCCGCAUGCGCGCCGAGGUGCUCGCCCUGACCGUCGACUGGGUGCAGCGCGUCGUCUACUGGGCCGAGCUGGACCAGCUGCCGGCGGCCGACCGGCUGCCCGCUGCCUGCAUCUACCGGCUCGAUCUGUGCCGCUUCGAGGCGCGCAUUUUGCCGGGCGAAAGGCUGUGGUGCACGCCGCGCGGCGAGCUCCUGCGCGACCUGAUGGCGCUGCCCCAUGCGCGCGCGCUCAUCUGGCUGCAGCACUCGCUGAACGAGCGCAACGGCACCUUGAGGGGUCGCAGCCUAGCCAACGCGACAGACCUGCAUUUCCAGGGCCUCACGCAGUCGCUGUGGCGCCUCUUCGAGGGCAGCCAGCAGCCGUCGGAGGAGACCGUCAACCUGGUCGACGACCUGGGCAGGCUGUGCAUCUACCACAUUCAUCGGCAGCUCUGCACGCCCAGCUCCCUGAGCGCCCAGCUCAACCUGCUGAACGAGAACAUCCUGCAGCUGGCCCAGGACUCUGGCUACCUCUACGCCCUGCGCAAUGGCAGCCUGCGCGCCUUCGGCCGACGUCGCCAGCAGCUGGAGUACCUGCUGCCCUUGAGCUUUGACGAGGUGCGCCUGCUGCGCUCCUACAACUAUCAGGCCUACCCAGACCGUCACUGCCUGCUGCUGCCCGCCUCCUGGAGCGCCCAGCACGAGCAGCUGGCCUCUAGCUGCGACGAGACCAAUUGCACCCUGCAGCUGCCCCACCUCACUGCUGCCCCGGACUGCCUCCUGCCCAUACCCGGACUGGGCUACCAGCUCAACUUGACGGCGAGCCAGAGCAACUCCAGUGAGCUGCGUUCGUUCAAGGGCUUCGCCGGCCAAUCCCUGGGCAUUGCCGGCUUGAAGCCCUUCCACAGCUACGAGCUGGGCGUUUCAUUGAGCAGCUACUACCAGACCGUCUUGAAGCUGGAGCCGCUGCUGGUGCUGCCGAAGCAGCAGCUGCGCACUGCACCCGCCACGCCUACGGCGCCGAGAAAUUUCAGCGCCAGGGCGUUGAGUCCCAAUGAGCUGGAAGUGAGUUGGCUGGCGCCGCUGCAGCUGCGAAGCGAGAGCGUCUACUACACGCUGCACUGGCAGCUGCUGGAGGAGGAGCAACAGGAGGAUGAGCAAGCGGCAGAUGUAUCGGGCAGCCUUGAGGAGGACAACGACAAGGAGAAGGGAAAUCAGACUGACGAAGGAGUGCAUCAGCAGAGCCAGAAGCCUCACUCAACGAUUCCCGAUGUAGUGGAUGAAGCAAACGAUCAAUCGUUGCUCAAUCAGGAGGAUCAAUCAGACGCGGGCGAGGCAGAUACUGAUCGGAAUCAAACGGCGAUCAAUCCACCGCAGCAGCUGCGCCUGGAGCAGGCUGGUGUGCAGCGAUUGACCCAGCUUCAGCCCGGCCGCCUCUACCGGCUCUGGCUGCAUGCCCAUGCCACGCCCACAAAGUUCAACGGCACCAAACCCAUACUGAUUCGCAGCUACCAAAAGCUGCCGCCCCUGCAGCUGGUCGAGCUGAGCGCCUACUCCCUGACCCUGGCCUGGGCGGGCACCAGCGACGCCAUCAGCUCGCUGAUCCUCGAGUGCCAGUCGCUGAGCAGCGAGCAGCUGAAGUUCAACGUAAUCGCCAACUACACCUUGAUGAAGCUGUCGUCGCUGCAGCCCAAGACGCGCUACUCCUGCCGCCUCGCCAUAAGCUAUGCCAGCACGCCAGCCGGCUCGGUUUACUAUACGGCGAGCCAGGUGUACGAGACGCUGAGCGAUGCGCCCAGUGCGCCAGGCCGUCCGCAGCUGGAGCACAUAGCGGGGGAAGUGUUCCGGGUCAGCUGGGCGCCCGCCUCGGAGAACGGGGUACCCAUAAUGCUCUACAAUCUGGAGGCGCUGCAGGCGCGUCGUCCGAGUCGUCGUCGCAGACGUCGCGAAACCUCCCUUGCCACGCUGCCGUGGGCCGAGGAGCCGCAGGUCAUCGAGGAUCAGUGGCUGGACCUUUGCAACACCACCGAGCUGAGCUGCAUUGUGCGCGACCUGCACUCGCGUCGCCUGCUGCUGUUCCGUGUCCGGGCGCGGAACCAACUGCACGGCUGGGGACCCUUCAGCGAGGACAGCGAACGCAUUGCGGAGCCCUUCGUUUCGCCCGAGAAGCGUGGCUCACUGGUCCUGGCCAUCAUUGCUCCGGCGGCCAUUGUCUCCAGCUGUGUCCUGGCCCUUGUGCUCGUUCGCAAAGUGCAAAAACGUCGCCAGCGAGCCAAAAAGCUGCUCCAGCAGAGCCGACCCAGCAUUUGGAGCAAUCUAUCGACGCUGCAGACGCAGCAGCAGCUGAUGGCAGCGCGCAAUCGCACGUUCUCGAUGACGCUGAGCGACGCGGACAUUGCGCUGCUGCCGCAGAUCAGCUGGAGUCGCCUGACGCUGCUGCGUUUUCUGGGCAGCGGUGCCUUUGGCGAGGUGUACGAGGGCCAGCUGCAGGGCGAAGACGAGGCACAGCCGCAGCGUGUGGCCAUCAAGAGCCUGCGCAAGGGCGCCAGCGAGUUUGCGGAGCUGCUGCAGGAGGCGCAGCUGAUGAGCAACUUCAAGCACGAGAAUAUCGUUUGCCUGAUUGGCAUCUGCUUCGACAGCGAUACCAUUUCGCUGAUCAUGGAGCACAUGGAGGCGGGAGAUCUGCUCAGCUACUUGCGUGCGGCUCGGCCCAACUCACAGGAAUCGCCGAAGCGCAAAUUAGAGUUUGAGGAUCUGCUGAACAUGUGCCUGGAUGUGGCCAACGGGUGCAGCUAUCUGGAGGAUAUGCACUUCGUGCACCGCGACCUCGCUUGCCGCAAUUGCCUGGUGUCCGAUGGGGCAGCGAUUGGCGGGCGACGCAUCGUGAAAAUUGGGGAUUUCGGGCUAGCACGCGACAUCUACAAGAGCGACUACUACCGCAAGGAGGGCGAGGGCCUGCUGCCCGUGCGCUGGAUGGCACUCGAGAGUCUCGUCGAUGGCCUCUUCAGCACCCAGUCGGACGUGUGGGCGUUCGGUGUGCUCUGCUGGGAGAUACUCACGCUCGGCCAGCAGCCGUACGCGGCGCGCAACAAUUUCGAGGUGCUCGCCCACGUCAAGGAGGGCGGCCGACUGCAGCAGCCAGAGCAAUGUCCCGACAAACUUUACGCGCUGCUCUUGCAAUGCUGGCGCCCAGAGCCCUGGGAGCGGCCCAGCUUCAGGCGCUGCCACAGCACGCUGCAGUCACUCAGCAUGGAUAUGCCCAUCAUGGAGCUGGACGCGCAGGCUCUGCUGCACAAUGGCAAUGGCAAGCCAGAGGUUAAGGUGCGUUUCGACGAUGCGCCCGAGCGCCUCUCGCUGCAGAUGGACACCAAAGAUACGCAGGCACAGACGCCCCCCACACACGCACACGCACACACACACGCACUUCCGCACACACAGACAGCUGAGAGUGGACAGCUGUAUGCAAAUGAAAGCGUCUCGCGGCUCUGAAAUGCGGCUCAAUCGCGCCUCAAAUUGAUUGAGCAUUUGCUUUAGCGUGUGCACUCAGCCAUGCCACGCCCACUUGCCAAAAACAA